CUCUUAGGUGAAAUCCACACCCUCUUGGCCGACAAUUCUCUCCACGCCGACAUUAUCAACAAGUUGAAAUCUGACCUCAAUGUAUACCAACGAGCGUUUUCCGAUGUCAAUGCAGAGCUGGAUCGAUACAAAACCCAAAUGUUAGAGACCGAGAAGCAAAAGGAAGAUCUAGAAGCUCGCCUCAAGGUAAUCCUACUCGGUCACCGUGUUGUAACUCUUAUCGACGGAGAUGGUGCUAUCUUCUCCAAGGAAUUGAUCGUUCAGGGUCAGGCCGGUGGUUUGAUCGCUGCUCAGAAGAUUUCCGACUCCCUCAUUCAGCAUCUCUCAGAGAGAUACGGCUCACACCAAUAUCAGCUUUGGGUCUACGUGUUCUUGAAUAAGAAAGGUCUUGCGGAAACCCUGGGAAGAUUGGGCUCACCACAAUUGAAGAAUAACUUCGAGGACUUCGUCACUGGAUUUAAUCAAGCAGCUGAACGGUUCUCGAUGCUUGAUGUAGGCAAUGCAAAGGAAGCGGCUGAUGCCAAAAUUAAAUGCUGCCACGACAAUGGUUAUGUCACCAAUCUCCGCUCCCAGAUUACGGCUGGAUACAAGAACAAGUUAAUACUGUUAAAGAGCUAUGCAGAAAUGGCAUCAGGAAUUGCAGAAAUGGACCUCCCUAUUCUCACUAUACCUGAUCUAUUCGUUGCUCAGAAGUUGUGUGUGACUGAGGUAGCGGCGUCUCGUUUCCCAUCAUAUUCAAGCGCCACCAUAGUCGGAGAAACUAAGGAAACGAACAAGCAGAUCCCGGCAAACCCACAAAUAGUCUUGCCUCCUACCAGCUACUCUUCUGUAACUGCGGUUCCUUACAAGAGGGAUUCAACUCCCGACUUGGACUUUUCGGAGGGCAGUACCUCAGGCGAGUCAGAUUACGACGACGAUCUACCUCAUAAUGCUGUGGUCGCGGCGAUGGCAUCUCCAAACUCAUCUUCACAGUCAUUCUCGAACUCUAGGUAUAUCAAUCCAAACAUAGUUGAGUGCUUCCCCAGAGCAAAAAAUUUUGCACUGAUGAUGUUCCCUUCUUUGUCUAUCAUAGCCACUCUGGAAACGUGA